AUGAAUUUAAUCGCUAGUGUACAAGAUAAACUCAAGCAAUAAGUCCCAACAGAUAAAUAAUUAUAAAUGAGUCAUUUUGCAAGAUUAGUUGAGUUGUUAAAUGAAAGUGCAAAAAGUUAAUAAAAUUCAGAAUUAAUCUAAUUAGUACAGAUACUCAUUUAAUUUUAAUUUCCUCAACAUACAUAUUAGAUGAUUUGUAAUUCUUUCUCCUUAUUGAUUGCUAAAACAGGAAAUGAAUAAAUUAAAUAAGUUGUAGAAGCUUUAUUGCAAUAUAUAAAUAAGAAGGGAUCAUUAAAAAGUAUUGCUUUGAAUUUACUUGUUACAUUAAUUCAAUUAACUAAACAUGAAAUUCAAUCAUUCUCAUACACUUUAACUUAAGAUAUCACAACUACUUUAAUGAAGUUAUUAAAGAGUUCUGAUUAUCGAAUUUUGUUAUGUAAUGUAUUGUACUUUUUAAUUGAAUCAUAAAAGAUUGAAAUUCUUAAAAUAGCUUUGAAAUUUGCAUAAAAUGAAAAACUUGAAAUACUCUAAUAAACAGGUAUGUAAACACUAAUAUACUUAAUGUAAGAGGAAGUUAUAUCAGAAUAAAUGUAUUUAAUAGCUUAGAAGUCUGAUGACUCCCCCUUAUUUUAUAAAUAUUUUUCUAGAUACUUAUUCUAACAAUAAAAUAUAGUGGCUCUAACAAAAAAAGAUAAAUUGAAAUCAUAAGUUUAACUUUAACCAAGGGAAUAAGCUUAAAAAAUAUUUCAACUUUUUGAUGAAAAUUUAUCUAAAUUUCCUUCAAAUAUAGUUGGGAACAUAUUCAUAGCAUAUAAAAAGUAAUCUUUAUUUAUUUAUUAAGAUAUUUGCUACAUGAAUUUAAAAAAUUAGGACUUUCUAUAGUUAGAGGAUCUUUUGAAAUUUCUUUUUCUUAUUUAGGAAGCAUGGCAUUAGAUGAUCCCUAUCUUCAUACAGUUUAUAAAAAGUAUAUAAUUAUAUGAAUAUAUUAGAACAGUCAAUCUAUGUCUUUAUUUAGUUUAACAAGUUCAAUUAAAUGAAAGAAAGGAUUUAUUAGAAUAUUUCUUUGAUAAGAUUUCUAAAAUAAAAACUUAAAAAUGGAAUGUUUAUAAUUAUAAAUUACUUUUAAAAGGAAUAAAUUUCUUAUUUGAUACAUUAGGUUCAAAUGUUUUUGAUGAUAAAAGAUCAAAACCAUCAGAAUUUAUAGAUAUAUUAACUCCUAUUUUUAAAAUUAAUGAUAUUUUAUAAUAUCCAAUCAGUAUUGAUAAACCUAUUUGUAUUAGUGUAAGUAGAAAUUUAUUCAAUACUUUUGAAUCUUUAUUUUAAGAGAAUAAAAAAUGGUAAUAAAGUAUUUUAUCAGCAUUAUUAAACUAUGCUAAAAUCACAUUAGCAGAAAUUAAUGUAAAAGAAACUAAUUAAUUAUUAAAUUAACUUAGAGUAUAAUGUGCAUUAUUAUCAAAAUUAUUUUCUUUAUUAGAUUUAUAAUUACAUUCAAUAUCAAGUGAAUUAAUAAAUCAUUUAUGGGAAACUGCAAAAUCAUUUUUAAAUAAAUCUUAAUAAUUAAGAAGAACUGGUUGGAUAAUAAUUGCUGAAUUAUUGAUGGUUCCAUAUUUUGGAACAACAAAUAAAGUUAAAGAAAUAGGAAUAUUAAUUGAAAAAAAUCUAAAUUCUAAGGAAGAUAUAAAAGAUGAAUAAUAAUUAUUAAGUUAUUGUAGUGUAGGUCUAGUCAUUAUUUCAAUAUUAAAUAGUAAUACAUUAUCAAAAUAAAUUAAGGAUACAACUAGAAAGUUUUUUGCUUAAUAAACAAUUUUAAUGUUUAAUAAAUUAUAAUAAUGUAGGUUCGAUAAAUAAUCACCUUUUAUGAUAGCUUCCAAAUAUAUUUUUUAUUAGGCAAUCAGAUAAAUAAUACCAAAAUACUAUUCUAAUGAAUUAAAUACACUUGUAUAAUUUUGUCUUGAAGAUAUAAUAAAUGGAAAUUCAAUUUGGAAUUAAGUUAAUGUUCAUAAAAAUAAUCAUUAUGUUGAUGAACUAUUAGGAAUACCUAGAUCAGAAUUUUAAUUAGUAUUGGCAGCUAGUAAAUUUUUAGGUCAUAUAAUUUCUUCAUAAUCAUUUACACUAAAAAAUAAAAUAAAUUUUAUAAGAUAUGUAAAUGGUACUUUAUAAACAUAAGUUAUCAAUAUAAAAGAAAUUUAAUAGAAAUAAUCUAAAUAAUAAUGUUAUUUAUUUUGUCUUUAUUAAAUUGCUCUUAAAAUCUAUUAAGCUAAUACACUUGUAUCUCAAGAAUUUAAUGAAUAAAUAUUUUAAAUUAUUAAUUUAUGUUAAUGUGUUGAUAAUUAAAUUCAAUAAUUAUGUGCAUACCUUUAUUGUUCAAUGUUAUAAAUUAAAGAUGUUGAUUAAGUUGAAUAAUUAAACUAGUUGNAACCAUCAGAAUUUAUAGAUAUAUUAACUCCUAUUUUUAAAAUUAAUGAUAUUUUAUAAUAUCCAAUCAGUAUUGAUAAACCUAUUUGUAUUAGUGUAAGUAGAAAUUUAUUCAAUACUUUUGAAUCUUUAUUUUAAGAGAAUAAAAAAUGGUAAUAAAGUAUUUUAUCAGCAUUAUUAAACUAUGCUAAAAUCACAUUAGCAGAAAUUAAUGUAAAAGAAACUAAUUAAUUAUUAAAUUAACUUAGAGUAUAAUGUGCAUUAUUAUCAAAAUUAUUUUCUUUAUUAGAUUUAUAAUUACAUUCAAUAUCAAGUGAAUUAAUAAAUCAUUUAUGGGAAACUGCAAAAUCAUUUUUAAAUAAAUCUUAAUAAUUAAGAAGAACUGGUUGGAUAAUAAUUGCUGAAUUAUUGAUGGUUCCAUAUUUUGGAACAACAAAUAAAGUUAAAGAAAUAGGAAUAUUAAUUGAAAAAAAUCUAAAUUCUAAGGAAGAUAUAAAAGAUGAAUAAUAAUUAUUAAGUUAUUGUAGUGUAGGUCUAGUCAUUAUUUCAAUAUUAAAUAGUAAUACAUUAUCAAAAUAAAUUAAGGAUACAACUAGAAAGUUUUUUGCUUAAUAAACAAUUUUAAUGUUUAAUAAAUUAUAAUAAUGUAGGUUCGAUAAAUAAUCACCUUUUAUGAUAGCUUCCAAAUAUAUUUUUUAUUAGGCAAUCAGAUAAAUAAUACCAAAAUACUAUUCUAAUGAAUUAAAUACACUUGUAUAAUUUUGUCUUGAAGAUAUAAUAAAUGGAAAUUCAAUUUGGAAUUAAGUUAAUGUUCAUAAAAAUAAUCAUUAUGUUGAUGAACUAUUAGGAAUACCUAGAUCAGAAUUUUAAUUAGUAUUGGCAGCUAGUAAAUUUUUAGGUCAUAUAAUUUCUUCAUAAUCAUUUACACUAAAAAAUAAAAUAAAUUUUAUAAGAUAUGUAAAUGGUACUUUAUAAACAUAAGUUAUCAAUAUAAAAGAAAUUUAAUAGAAAUAAUCUAAAUAAUAAUGUUAUUUAUUUUGUCUUUAUUAAAUUGCUCUUAAAAUCUAUUAAGCUAAUACACUUGUAUCUCAAGAAUUUAAUGAAUAAAUAUUUUAAAUUAUUAAUUUAUGUUAAUGUGUUGAUAAUUAAAUUCAAUAAUUAUGUGCAUACCUUUAUUGUUCAAUGUUAUAAAUUAAAGAUGUUGAUUAAGUUGAAUAAUUAAACUAGUUGUUAUCAUAAAAGUCAUAAGCUAAUUACACUUAUUUAGUUUUAGAAAUUCUAAAGAAGAAACUUACAGGAGUUUAAUUAUAAGUGCAAAACCUUUUGAUGAAAGUUUUAUCAUAAAUGACAACUGAUGUAGCCAAAGUAAUUCAACUAUUCUAGUAAAUUGAUCCAAGUUUACUCAAAAAUGUUUGGGUAUUUCUUGUAUUUGCUAUAAGUUAAAGUGAUAAACCAAUUUAAAUAACUUAAUUUAAAAUUCUCUCUGGAAUUAUAUUAAAUUAUGUAAGAAAUGGUGGUGUUAAGGAUAAUUAUUUUAAUAUAAUAUAUUAAGAAUGUAGAUGCAGACUUUAAUCAAAUCAAUUUUAAAUUUUAUAAUUAGAUUUUGCAUUAGAAUAAGACACAGAAUAAACUGUAACAAAAGCUAUUAAUUUAUUAUUAAAAAAGCCAUCUUUAAAAAUAGCUGUAUUUAUAGAUUAAUUAACUGAUAAAUAUAAUAUGCCUUCAUUAGUUUAACCUAUUUUAUCUGUUUUAAAUAAUCUAUUUUCUAAUUAAAGAGUUCAUUCCACUAAUGAAGAAAUGGAACUUCGAAAUUUAAUGAAAAAUAUUUUCAUUAAGGUUUAUAAUUAACCUAUUGCAGAACUACUCUAACUUCUAUAACCUUAUAUUUUAGAUGAAGUAAUACCUGAAAAUCAAGAUAGAAUACCAAUACACAUAAAAACAAGAAUCUUUCUUUUAAAAAGAUUAUAAAAGUUAUUUAAAUAAUGUGAUACUUCAAAUUAAGUAUUUGAUUUCCUAUUCAAAAUUACAACAUCUAUAUAUGAGGAAGCUAAGGAGAUUUCAUUUGAUAUGUUCUAACACUUUUUUUACAAAGAAAAGGACUUAUUAAAUUUUGCAGCUCAAAUUGAUUCAAUUUUAUGUGAUACAAUAAGAAGAGAAAACCAUAAUCCUCCUUCAGUUAAUUUAACUAACAUGAAACUUAUAAGCAAAUUUGCUAAAAUAGUAUAAGAUGAAUUUUUGGCUACAAAGCUAAUUUAAUUAUUAUCUAAGCCAUUAUUAAAUGAUGGUAGAAAGAAAUUAGUACCUAGUUAAUUCUUUAGUGAAAAAUCAUAACUAAAUAUUCUAAUAUAAAGAAUAGUUUCAUUGGGAAGUAUUUAUAGAAAAAUACAAAAUUAUUUUGAUUAAUCUCUUGUAGAUUAAUUAAAAUGUUAUGUUGAAGAAUUAUUGGAAGAUAUCUUUGUAAUAUUAUGUACACCAAGAUCUAAUAUAAGAGAAUAUUAAUCAUAUAAUUUUGUCUAUAAUGGAAAAAAAUAUAGUUAUGAUCAAGUCUUUCUUCAUUAAUCCUUACCAAAAUUAUUGAGAAUAUCAAAUCUUGAUAAACCAAUCCAUUUUACUUUAAUUGGGUACAUUAUUACAUAAUAUGUAUAAUUAUUAUUAUUUAUUGUUUUUAGGGUGCAUUUGAAUAAAAUGAGAAUAUGUUUAAGAAAACUUUAGAAUCCCUUACAAAAGAGAGAAUUUUAUAAACUAGAGUUUAUAGGAUAAAGGGAAUCUAAUUGCUUACUGAAGUUAUUAAUAAAAACCCUUAAAAUCAAUUAUUGAUUAGUGGAAUUCAAUCUUUAUUACCUAUAAUUUCUGCAGAAGCCCCAUAUUCUCUAGUUGUUUGUUAGCAAUUUUAUUAAACUCUGAUUCAUCAUCAAAUUGAUUUAUAAUUAAUAGUUGAACCUAUAAUACAAAUAUAUUAAUUGACAAUCGAUUAGAAUGUAAAAUUAAAUUGUUUAGCAUCUUUAUUAAAAAUAUCUCAACAAAAUAAUUAGACCUUAGAUUAAAUAAAUAUAAUUUUUUGGGAUUUUUUGUUAACAUAAGAAUUUGAUUUCAUGAGGUGCACUCAAUUAAUUUAAUUUUAUAAGGAUAAAAUUUAUAGUAUAAAAUUUAGUGGUUACAUAUAAACAAUAUUAUAAUCGAUAUCUAAUACUCAAAAAAUUAGAUAAGAAGAUUAUUAUUUAUUAUUGAAUUUAGAUGGUUUAAUUAAUAAUAAAUUAGAUAAUUAGGGAUACUAUCAAUUAAUUGACAGUAAGAAUAUUUAUUAUUAUUAAAAUAGAGCAUUUUACAAAUUUAUUAUCAAUAUCUUUAUCUUUAAUAAAAUAAAUAAAAUAGAACAUUCAGACCAUUUUAAACUGUAUGCUUCCAGCAAUCUAUCACAAAAUAGUAAAUAAGGAAUCAGAAACUUAUUUAUUAAUAGGAAAGUUUUUAUUGCUUACUUAUUUGUUGAGUAAUUAAAAAUAAUUACUUUUUCAAACUAUCUUCAGAAUUAUGGAUCAUUUCACAGAUGAUACCUUGGAUUCAUCUAUUAUCGAAGCUUCAAAAUAAAAUCUAAAAAUUAUUGUGAUGAAUACUUAAUUGAAUUAAAUGAGAUUACCAGAUGACCUAUCUGAAAAGGUAUAAAUAAUAUAGGAUGAUAUUUAAAGGGAAAUGUAUUUUAAACAAUUAAAUUAAUAGUUAAGAAAAAUAAUAGAGAGAAGCUAAAUAAAAGCAACCUUAGUAAUCAGGUUAAAUUGUACUAAAGAUGUUUGGGUGA